UACAUUAAUCGCCUCGCUACCGACUUAUUCUAUUUCUUUUAACAUGACAUUCAGUGCGGUGGAGGUGCAGAGAUAUACUCAGGGGGUAGAAGCUGUCUAAUCUGCCCUGUGGUAGUAUAUGGAGUUGAUCAGUGUAAUUAAAGUGUAUGUGAAUUUUAAAGCCACCUGAGGUGAUUCAAAUGUGAUAUUCAUUGACAAUGAUACCAUUAAAGCGCAGGAAAAUAUCACAUACUGAAAGCCAACAGGAUGAAACUUGUAAAUUUCCCCAUGUGUCAAUUUUCAUUCUGGAGAGGAAGAUGGGGGCAUCUAGAAGAGCAUUCCUUACACGACUGGCACGAAGCAAAGGAUUUCUCAUUAAAGAAAAAUACAGUUCUUCCGUUACACAUGUUGUAUCAGAAAACAACAGUGGAGAUGACGUCCAGGCCUGGCUGGACAACCAGAGCGGAGGAGACACAUCCACUUCUGUCCAUCUGUUGGACAUCAGCUGGUUUACAGAGAGCAUGGAGGCAGGACGUCCUGUUACAGUUCAGGACAAACACAGAUUAAAGGUUAACCCAAAACCCAAUGGUGACGCUAAAAUAAUUCUGAUGAAAAGUUAUGCUUGCCAAAGAAGAACACCCUUGAAGCACCACAAUGUAUUUCUGACAGAAGCUCUCGAGCUCCUGGCUGAGAAUGCAGAAUUUAGCGAGAAUGAAGGACGAAGUGUGGCAUUCAGACGGGCAGCGUCGGUCCUAAAGGCACUUCCCUGUCGAGUACACAGCGUGGAUGAGCUGAAGUGUUUGCCUUGGCUGGGUGAGCACUCACAGAGGGUUAUAAAGGAGAUUUUAGAAGAUGGAACAUCAAGGGAAGUGGAGACAACAAGACAGUGUGAGCAAUUUCAGGCCAUGAAGGCAUUGACUGGUAUUUUUGGGGUGGGUGUGAGAACGGCAGAUCGCUGGUUAAGGGAGGGUCUACGAUCUCCUUCUGAUUUGAUCCAGAUGGGACAACAGCUGAACCGUGCACAGCAAGCAGGAGUACAGUAUUACAAUGAUCUCCAGAAGCCUGUGACUAAAGCAGAGGCGGAAGUAAUCAGUGAUAUCGUACAGGAAGCUGUGCACACUGUUCUUCCUGGAGCAGAGAUCCAGCUGAUGGGGGGAUUCAAGAGGGGGAAAGAAGUUGGUCAUGAUGUUGACUUUCUCAUAACACAUCCAGAAGAGGGCAAAGAGGAAGGACUGAUUGCCAAAAUCAUAAACUGGUUGGAGGAGAAAGGUUUAUUGUUAUAUCAGAAGACGACCAGAAACACUUAUUUGGAGCAAAUGGACGGCCCAGCUCGGCCACUUAAUAAUAUGGAUCAGUUUGAGAGAUGUUUCUCCAUAUUUAAGCUUCAGAGGUUUGCUGAGAGCACAGAAAGUGAAGCUGAAAGAUCCGUCAAACAAUCAGAGGCCUCGAGCUGGCGAGCUGUACGUGUAGAUCUUGUGGUCAGCCCCUACAGUCAGUUUGCCUUUGCUACUCUUGGCUGGACAGGGUCAAAGCUGUUUGAGAGGGAGUUGAGAAGGUGGGCAGGGCAAGAGAAACACAUGUCUUUGAAUAGCCACGCCCUGUACGACAGCAAUCAGAUUUUUUAGCUCUUCAUGACCUAUGACACCGAAGGAUUGAAGUUGCACGUGAGGAGAAUUAUGAGACACUGUUUUCUGAGGUACUGUGACAGUUUCCAAUUUUAUAUCUGAUGAUUUCUAUUUUAUCAGUAAAGAAAUUCAUGAAGACUACUUACUAUUGUGCUGUGACGAAAUAUCUGGUUCAGUCGAGGCUUUAUUCCUAACCAAUUUAGCCACAGUACUGAAUAAACACCUAGGAUUGUUGUGGUUAUUUUCUAUGAGUUUGCUAAAAUAUGCUGACCUGGCAGCUUUUAGUGCCUGUCUGUAGCUACAGACACUAUCCUUCCAUGCACCGCGAAAUACCUCUAAUUUUGUGUUCUUCCACUUGUGCUCCAUUUUUCGAGCUGCUCUCUUGAGAGCAUGAGAUAUGAUAGGUGUGGGUGAGAAACACAUCAAUAUUUAAGUCUUUCACUUUCACUUUCACAUUUUCCAUUUGUUUUUGUCAAUUUGCAUUCUUCUUUCCAGCUACUGGGCAUGUAGGAGAAGUCAAAGUAAAAAAGGACUUAAAUAUUGAUCUGUUUCUCACCCACACCUGUCAUAUCACUUCUGAAGACAUGGAUUUAACCACUAUAGUCUUAUGGAUAACCUGUAUGCUGCCUUUAUGUGCUUUUUUGAGCUUCAAAAUUCUGGCCACCCUUCACUUGCAUUGUAUGGACCUACAUAGCUGAGAUAUUCUUCUAAAAAACUAUGUUUUUGUUCAGCAGAAGAAAGUCAUACAUAUGGGAUGACAUGAGUGUGAGUAAAUGAUGAGAGAAUUUUAAUUUUUCAGAAUUGUCAUUUUUGUAUGAACUAUUCCUUUAAUAGUACACUGCAUAGUCGCAUACACUAAUAUUUCGUUGGACCGCCUUUAGCUUUGUUUUUGGCGUGCAUUCAUCGUGGCAUUGUUAUGCAACGUCACAACAUUUAUUUCCAUCCAGAGUUGCAUUAAUUUUUGGCCAAGAUCUUGUAUUGAUGACGAGAGAGUCAAACCACUCCAUAAAGUCUUCUCCAGCACAUCCCAAAGACUUUCAAUGGGGUUAAGGUCAAGACUCUGUGGUGGCCAGUUCAUGUGUGAAAAUGAUUCCUCAUGUUCCCUGAACCACUCUUUCACAAUUUGAGCCUGAUGAAUCUUGGCAUUGUUGUCCUGGAAUAUGCACGUGCCGUCAGGGAAGAAAAAAUCCAUUGAUGGGAUAACCUGGUCAUUGAAAAAAUCCAUUGAUGGGAUAACCUGGUCAUUCAGGUUUUCAGCUGACUUCAUUUUAUUGCUGCAUAACGUUGCUAAGCCUAAACCUGACCAAUUGAAGCAACCCGAGAUCAUAACACGGCUUCCAGAGGCAUGUAGAGUGGGCACUAUGCAUGAUGGGUGCAUCACUUCAUGCACUUCCCUUCUUACCCUGACACGCCCAUCACUUUGGAAUAGGGUAAAUCUGGACUCCUUAGACCACAUGACCUUUUUCCAUUGCUCCACGGUCCAAUCUUUAUGCUCCCUAGCAAAUUGAAGUCAUUUUUUCCGAUUAGCGCUCGCUAACAAGUGGCUUUCUUUUGGCCACACAGCUGUUUAGUCCCAAUCCUGUAACUUCUCAUCACAUUGUGCAUGUGGAAAUGCUCUUACUUUCACUAUUAAACAUAGCUGUGAGUUCUACUGUCGAUUUUUUACGAUAUGACUUCACCAAGCAUUUUAGUGAUCUCCGAUCACGAUCAUUCAAGAUUUUUUUUCCGACCACAUUUCUUCCGCAAAGCUGACGGUUCACCACUAUCCUUCCAGGAUUUAAUAAUGCGUUGAACAGUUAACCCAAUUACAGUGAUUUCAGCAAUCUCCUUAGUUGUUUUCUUUGCUUGAUGCAGGCCAAUAAUUUGCCCCUACUGAAACAGUAACACCUUUUUAACGAUACGUCUUCCGACAUGGAUGUUUAAGAAAUGAGAAGCUACACACUGCAUCAGUUAGGCUUAAAAGAAUUGUUGCCAGCUGAAACAUAUUAAUCACUGCAAAAAUGAUCCAAUCAUAGACUCUUAGACCAUUGUGAGACAGGUUAGUUUUACCCUACUGAUGAUGUGUUGUAGCAAUAGUAAUCCUGCUCAGUACAAGAGGAACCGCAGGUUCAGACAUUUGGUGCGUGUGCUUGGCUGAGGAGCCACUGGUGCGAAGCUACCAUCUGUGGGAUUAAGACUGAACGCCUCUAAAUCAGAAUCCCUCCUAAACAAAUUUCAUAUUAUACUUCCUACUUUCAUACCAGAUAUACUAUAAUUUUCUCUAUUUCUCUCUUUGUGUGUAAAAUUGUACAGAAGUGUUAUCUCAGAGCUCAGACAGAGGAGGAGAUUUUUGCCUACCUGGGACUGGAGUUUAUUCCUCCCUGUGAACGGAAUGCCUGAAUCUGUUCAUCUCUGAUUCACACUACACAUGUGCAUGUGUGCUUUCACCACAGAGCCUUACAUUUCCAUUAGACUGCACUCUUAAAUGCAUUUUAGCUCUCAAACUAGUUAUGAUCACAUCAAGUGUCAUAUAUAAAAGUUUAUAGAAAGUAAUGGUCAAAAGGCUGCAAAUGUUUUGCAAAGAUCAGAUAUCCAGACACUGUUUUAGUUUCAGCGUUCUACACCAUAUCAAUACUAUGUACUGUACUAAGUUUGACACAAGCACAGGAUGAGGUUUUAACAUUUAAUUCUUUGUAAAUAAGAUAUUGUAAUGAGACAUUAUUUGUCUCUUUUGAAAAUUGAACAUUAAAUUAUUUGUCAUAUUUUAUACUUUAUAAAGAUCAUUUUAAUUGCAACUCAAAAUGUCUCUUAAUUUUUUUCACAAAGCACUGUUGUAAUUUGACAGUUCUUUUUUGUUGUUGUUUUUUUUCAACUAAUUCGAUAUGUGGCCUUCAGUGAUUUCUUUUUUUUGGGGGGGGGGCUUGUUGCUUUUUAAUUUAAUAGGACUGUUUAGAGAGACAGGAAAGUGGGGGAUCAUGUAGGCCUGAUUCAAAUGUGUCUUAAGGCCAAAGUAUACUUCGUAUAUCCACGUUGCUGAUCCCUCCACGCACAGUAUGUGUGA